AUGUGACUCAUCACCAUAUUGUUAUUUCUCGCCUGUGGUUUGACACUCGGACAGUUUUCUGACUUCAGACCUUGUUUGGUGAUUUUCCCCUAUCUGAUCUUUCUUGCCUGCUUAAACCUGGACCUCCAGAAGACCACGGACAUGGGUGGGUGGGGGGACCCAAACGUAUUUGAGAAGUGAGAGUACAAUUGGUAUAUCAGGCUUAAAAAGAAGAGAGAAAAAAAAAGAGGCCAUUUUUACACUUUUGAGAAAGGAAACGAAUGAAAGAAUGUUUCACUUCCGCCUGAUGUCAUAUGAAAAAGCUUUGUCUCCCAUCUGCGCACCCGACCACGCACGCUGUGGCCACGGGGAGUGUCAGGAGACCGUGCCUGCUGAGGGACAGAGACCAUCCGGAGGGGUUAUCUCCACAGCCAUUAGAAGGAUCCGCGGCGUUGAUGGAGAAACAAUAGGUGAAGCUUUGGAUUUGAACUGGACAAACCUGCUCUGGCAAAAGCACAAAGCAAGCCCCUCUGCGAGAUAACAGAACAGAUCGGAUACUCUCACCAAGUCUACCUGAUGGCGACCAAUAAUUGCAUACCUGUCCAAUUUUUGGAGACAAGCUCGAACGCCUUCUACUUCGGCGCCGAAUCAGAGAGUGAAGUGGAGGCUGACUCUUACACAGAUUCCUUUCACAGCCCCACGUAUAAUCUCCAAUGCAAGGACAACAAAUUCCUGCUGCUCAACAAUGACGGACAAUUCCAACUGCAAGACCUGUCUGCGCAGGAGCAAUACUGCAGGUUCAACAUCCACAUCUACAAUGACUCUUCCCUAGAGCAAAUGCAGGGGAUUUCAGUCAUGCUGUAUACCAACAGAAAUGGCAAGAAGAUAAUGGCAUGCUGCAGGGAUCACAAUGAGAUCUACCCUGAGGCCAUGGACCUUCCACGGGAAAUUGCGGAGGCGGCACACAAGGCCCUGUUCUGCCUGACGAAACUCUCGGGUGAAAAGUACAUGUUUGAGUCCAUCGCGUACCCAAAUAAAUUCCUGGGAUUCGAGCCCGUCGAGGGUCGGCCCUCUCUGAAGAAGCUGGUGCUGCGUAUGAAAGGUCCUGACGGCGUGGACGACUCCUCUGAGGUCAAUUUGAACAGAUGCAAUGAAUGAUUUCGUAAAGUCAUCAUAGUGAAAGCUCAGGGUUUCGAGUUGAUAUUAUCCUUCAUUGUAACAUUUAGAUAUUGAAAAUAACCUUAACCUGAAGCAUAUGGAACCACAGAGUUCAAUAUUAAACAACCACAAUACCAAUUUAAGAUGAAUUCAUUGUGUAAAAUAUAUAAAUGGACUAAGUGGAAAUAGUUAGAAAAACUAAUUUGAAUUCCCUUAAUAUGGAAUGUUACAUGAUUUGUUUUCAUUGUAAGUUUUAUUGGAAAGCAAUUUUACGAAGACAUUUUUAUUUGAAAAAGAAUGUUCUCAGUCUGUUCUCAUUUCAUUGACUUCUUUUUUUCCCAAACGGCACUUAUUCAUAUUCAUAUGUGUAGAUUGUCAUUCACUCAGGUCAGUUUUCCUGAUUCUCUACACAACCCAAAAAAAAGUAUAUAAAGCUUUACUGUUACAACUGCCAGAUUAUCUUACAUCACUCAUUUCUGUUAACUCCGGGAACUACAGAACAAGAUCCACCAACUAUUUCCCUUUGGACAUUCCCCGUAUUCACACUUAUCUCGGAAAACUGUUUAACUAAUUUGCAGCUUUUUAAAUGGAAUGAAUGACAAACUUGGAGAAUUCGAACAGUUACUAUUGGAACACAAAGUUUUCUAUUCUUGUAUUGUUUUUGUCUGUAAUUUGUCGGCCUCUCCUGAAAAGGAGAUUUUUAAUCCCAAUGCCUGAAUAAAUAAAGAUUAAAUAAAAUAAA